UGCUCCACCCUCCCUGUAUCCCAGCCUCGUCUCUAUGGUUACUCCUCCACAGUGACCCGCACUUUCUGUACGCCAAGCCUCGCUCCUGCCGCUACUCCCCUUACGUGACCCGCACUUCCUGUAUGCCAAGCCUCGCUUCCAGCUGCUCGCCCUCUGACCUCUCUCACUCUCCUCCCCCUGGUGAUUGCUGCCAGGAACCGGGCUCCUCUGCUACAACUACUAUGCAGUGAGAACCUGUUUUAUUGGGAAUCACAGGAGGGUGUUACCUGUCCUGUCACAAUCCUUGAAUCCCUGAAGAUGGAUAAGGACCGGAAUCCUAUAACUGAGAAAAUACUAAAUCUCACCCUGGAAAUCGUCUACCUGCUGACUGGGGAGGAUUACACAGUAGUGAAGAAGACCUCUGGUGAUUGUGAGACACCCAGCAUCUGUCCCCAUCUGUCAGGAGGACUGGGCAGGACCCAAAGCCCCAUCCUGGUGCCUCCACCUCACUCGCAUGAGAGGCAUAAUGACCAGAAGAUCCUGGAACUCACCCACAAGAUCAUUCAGCUGCUGACUGGAGAGGAGUUGGAGUAUAUAGAAGAACACAGGGGUCAGUACAAAGAUGUGAUUAUGAGGAAUCGGCAGAUUCUUAUUUUAAAAGAUGGGCCCAGUAACAGAGAUACCCCAGAGAGAUGUCCCCGUCCUCUGUAUUCCCAGGAUUGUACAGAGGAGAAUCACAGGAUCCCACAGGAGCAUCAGGAUGAAUACCUGAUUAAUAUUAAGGUAGAAGAUAUAGAGGGCGAAGAAGAGACUUAUAUGAGGGGUGAUCAGCGGUGUAAGGAGGAGGAAAUCCCUACAAAUAUCAGCACAGAUGGGCCCAAUAACAGAGAUACCCCAGAGAGAUGUCCCCGUCCUCUGUAUUCCCAGGAUUGUACAGAGGAGAAUCACAGGAUCCCACAGGAGCAUCAGGAUGAAUACCUGACUAAUAUUAAGGUAGAAGAUAUAGAGGAAGAAGAAGAGACGUAUGUGAGGGGUGAUCAGCAGUGUAAGGAGGAGAUCUCUACAGAUAUCAGCACAGCAGAUGGAUGCAACAGCUGGAAUAUCUCAAUGGAACAUCUCAUUUUAUCUCCAGAUUGUAAAAUAGAGAAUUAUGUAAUUACACCAGAUUGUCAAGGAAAAAACUCUACUGCUUCAAUUGUACAUCCAGGUCUUCACAGUGCAGAUUUAUCAUCUGAUCCUAUUUAUCAUGAGGAAUGUUUUGCAGAUAACUCAAAUAAUGGUAUAUAUAGUGCAGUUCCUAGUGCAGAUCAAAUAUCUUUGUUCACUAUAGAUGGAGCACAGAACAUAAAGCUUAUUCCCCUUCCGACAGCCAAGGGAGGUGAGAAACCAUUUCCAUGUUCUGAGUGUGGAAAAUGUUUUACAGAGAAAUCAUCUCUCAAUAGACAUGAGAAAAUUCACACAGGUGCAAAGCCCUUUUCAUGUUCUCAGUGUGGGAAAUGUUUUACAGAGAAAUCCUCUCUUAUUAACCACCUGAGACUUCACACAGGUGAGAAACCGUUUUCAUGUUCUCAGUGUGGGAAACGUUUUAUGCACAAAUCCUCUCAUAUCGCGCAUCAGAGAAGUCACACAGGUGAGAAACCAUUUAAAUGUCCUCAGUGCGGGAAAUGUUUUACAGAUAAAUCCUCUGUAGUUAUCCAUCAAAGAAUUCACACAGGUGAGAAGCCGUUCUCGUGCUCCCAGUGUGGGAAGUGUUUUACAAAUAAAUCGGGUCUGGUAAAACAUCACAGAAUUCACACAGGUGAGAAGCCAUAUACAUGCGCUGAGUGUGGGAAAUGUUUUACAGAUAAAUCGCAUCUCGUUAAGCACAAUAGAAUUCACACCGGCGAGACGCCGUUUUCAUGUUCUCAGUGUGAGAGAUGCUUUAAACACAAAUCAUCUCUUGUUGAACAUCAGAGAACUCACACAAGAGAGAAAUCAUUUCCACAUUCCAAGUGUGGGAAAUGACUGCUCUACGAUCUUGGUACACCAUACAUUCAUUAUUCGCACACCUUUAUACAGGAGAAACUUUGCACACUUGCAAGUGGACGUAUUUAUUAUUGGUAAUUAUUUAUCUAAGCAUAGUAUUUCUCCUCACACCAUAAUAAUUUUACCGUACUAUUUGUGUUUUUGUUAUUUUAAUUAUUAUGCAAGAUAAUAUCAACUUAUUAAGUUGAUGGGAGGGAAGGUAGUUUUAGGAAUUAGAUCAACAAGUUAAAUGGGUAAUUGAGUGCUGGAAGAACAGAGGAUAAAUACUCUAUCUAAAUAAAUACUUAGUGACUUGAUAAAGCCAGAUGGUCUUUGCUCUGAUCUACACAAAACUGUCAGACACAACUACAUGUAACAAGCAGGCUGGGUGCCCAGAGAAAUGUUUUCCCAUAAAUUCUGCGUCUCCAUUUUGGUUUUACAAAAAAAAGAAGAAGAAAAUUAUGCACAAGAAUUGAAUCAGGACACUGGUACUGUGUAAUAUAAAGACUGUUAUAUCUCAGCGUCUCUGGAACUCCGGACAUGGUUCCUUUGGGCGCUUUUAAAAAUGGCGCUCCAGCGAUCUUUCUUGAGCAAAGUGUACAAUGCUAUGUAUAGAUUUUUGUUUUACACUUGGCGCGGUGUGUACUGACCCCUUACUAUAUUGUAAUUUAUUGUAUUUACAUUUUCCUCCUUCCUGUGACCUUUUAUAUGUUUGGUAUUCUUUUUAUUACAUUAUAUUGUAAAAGCAAAUUAGAGCUAAUCACGUUUUCUCUAGCAUCCAUAAGGGAUCUUGUGGACACAUUAGUACGAUGGGGUAUAGACGGGGUCCAAAGGAGCCAGUGCACUUUAAAUUUCUUCAACUGGGUGUGCUGGCUCCUCCCCUCUAUGCCCCCUCCCACAGGCAGUUUAGAAAAAAGUGCCCUCAGGAGAGGGUGCACACUCUGCUAGCUCCAGAGUUUUUCCUCAUUUUAUUUAAAACUUUUGUUUUAUUUCGGUAUGCUGUUUGGGCAACAGUAUACAUGCGCUGUGGGAGUUAAGAAGGGGGGGGGGGGGUUGUCACCGUUCUUGCGAGGUGCAGUGGUGCUUACCCGCUGCAGGAUCACCGUCCUAAGGGAUUGUUUUUCAACGGGGCACUGCGCCUUGGCUGUCGCAACCGCAGCACACCGCACACCCCUAACACUGCCUGAAGGUGAACGUCGGUGGUGAGUACAAACCGGGGACCCCGCCAGGGUGGUCCCCCGGUUCAUGGUGCGGCUUUCACACAGGUGAGGCAUACGGGUCCCUCCUGGGGGGGGACCCGCUAUAGCACCUGUGUUAAAAUGGCUAGCGAUGGCUGAACUGAGCAUUCAUGUAAGGUUACAGCAUGUUUUAGAGACAUGGCCAGUAUAAAUAUAUUCAGUAGCUCCGGCGCCAUUACGGGGGGCGGUGCUACAUCUGAGCGGGCUCAGCUGCAUUUUGGUGCCUUCUUCUGCAUAAGCAGCAGCAGCCUCAUACAGCUCCUCCGGACUCUGACACACGCUGGAUCACUGGUACUGGGUGUAGUUUAGGGGAGAUCCGCUAUUUGUGCACAUUACGUAUUCCUAAAGGGGAAAUCGUUAUAAACAAACAGUUUUCACUGAUAUAAAAACGCUGACAGCCUCACUAGGGCUCUCUGGCGUGGGUGUGCUGGUGCAUUCUCUUCCUCUGUGUCUACUCUCACAUGCAAUAGGACAGGCUUGCAUUGUUAAUCAGUAUGUUGUAAGUGUAUUAUUGUGUGUUACUUUUCAUCAUGGUAAAACACAAGUUAUGCAGUAUGUGUAACACCAGAUUCUCCCCACUCUCAUCUGGUUCCAUUUCAUGUGAGCAGUGUAGUCAGUCCUCACAAAACGUUGAGAAGAAUGUGGGGGAGGGUCACAAGCCUUCCUGGCUGGGUGCAAUCAAAACUAUGAUGUCUGAUAUGUCAUCUCAGCUCACUGCAAAUGCCCACAAAACACAAGAACUGCAACAAGCAGUAGCAGAUCUAGCUGCCAGGGCUGAUGUUCCCCAUCCCCCCUAUCUACUGCAGGUCCACAUAAACGUGCUUUACCUGCACUUCUAUCAGACACUGAUGAUGAUAUACAGGAUGAUGUGGACCCCAUAGGUGGGGAUUUCACUCCUACACAGGGUAUUGAACCCUUCAUUUCUCUUAAGUCCUAUAGGAUGCUGGGGUCCACAUUAGUACCAUAGGGUAUAGACGGGUCCACCAGGAGCCAUUGGCACUUUAAGAGUUUGAGAGUGUGGGCUGGCUCCUCCCUCUAUGACCCAGUUUCGAAAAUGUGCCCGGAGGAGCCGGUCACAGCUAGGGGAGCUCCAUAGGAGUUUCUUUAAGUUUUAUUUUUUUGAAUAGCGUUUAGGCACAGGGAGGCUGCUGGCAACAGGACUAAGGGGGGGAGCAGUGUCCGCCCUGUGGGGUCUGAGCCACUGUCUCCGCUGACUGGACACUGAGCACCAGAGGGGUCGGAUCGCUCCCCGCCAAAGGGUAUCGCUCGUCCCAGCAGCCUGCCGCCAACCCCUUUUACAGAGCUGAAGCAGUGGUGAGUGAGACACGACCCUCCUAGCAAUCUGGCUGGCGUGAAGAUGGCGGCAGUGGGGAGGGAGCGCAAUAUUAACUGCGCUCAGCGGUACAUGGUGCGACAUUUGAGGGGCUCCCUGGGCCAGCGCUUGCCCCCCACACUGGUCCAGAAGCCUUUCGGGGUCCUCUGAUCUCAGCCAGCAUGAAUUCCUCAGGCCAGUAUAAUCCAUGAAGAGUGGGAAGACAGUGCCAUUAUGGGGGCGGAGCUUCUCAGAACUGCUGGGUCCCAGCAGCGUUCCAGCGCCAUUUUCCUGCCUGCACAGCGCUGAGGGGAAGAACAGGUCCCUCUACAGCAACUCCAGCUAUCUGUACACGGUACCAGGGGUCAGUAGAAGGGGGAGGGGAGGCUGUAAUACGACUGUGUGUCCUAUUAAGGUGCAAGGUCAGCGCUGACAAGGGGUCUCCCUUUGCUAAAAGUGCUGUGUGUGGGUUGGCUCCAACCUCUGUGUCUCUCUUGCCAUUCUUGGGGGGGAAACUCUGUCUGCCCUCACGUGUGUGUGUGUGUGUGUGUGUGUGUGUGUGUGUGUGUGUGUGUGUGUGUGUGUGUGUGUGUGUGUGGAGUGUUUGGUGGUCUUUAGCUAUGUCCAGGGACACUGUGUCAUGUGCUGCAGAGGAUUUAUUCUCCCAGGUUGAUCCCAUUCCAUGUAAUCAGGAUAUCACUGGUUUAGCACAGAUACCAGCAAGGGAGCCUGAGUGGUUUUCCUCUAUCAAAUCUUGGAUUUCCCUGAUUUCUGAUAGGGUUGCAAGUAAUGAAUAUGCAACCCAGGUUAUUACAGAGCUCUAUGGCAGCAUGGCCGGUUUCUGGUACCUCAUGACGCUCCACUAUAUACCCCCAUAAGCGUGCGCUUGUGCAGGUCACAAAGGACGACACGGAUACCGAUUCUGACACCACAGACGGUGAUGGGGAUGUGUUGCGAGGGUCCGCAUCUCUUGCAAAGGGGCUGCAAUUGUUGAUAGAGGCUAUCAGGGUUGUGUUGAAUGUUAAUGAUACCACACCUGAGCAGGUUGAGGAGGCCUUUUUCACUGAAAAUAAAAAAUCCUUGCUAACCUUUCCUGCAUCAAAAGAAUUGAAUGCUAUAUUUGAGAAAGCAUGGGAAAACCCUGAGAAAAAAUUCCAGGUCCCUAAAAGGGUGCUGGUGGCAUUUCCUUUCCCUAAGGAGGAUAGGAAAAAGUGGGAAAACCCUUCGAUUGUUGACGCAUCUGUGUCCAGACUCUCAAAGAAGGUGGUUUUACCGCCUUAAAGGAGUCGGCUGAUAGAAAAAUUGAUAACACGCUUAAAUCAUUGUACACUGCUUCAGGGGCCAUAUUACGUCCCACUAUUGCUACUGCAUGGAUUGCAAAGGCUAUAGUAAAGUGGUCGCCUACCUUACUUGAGGAUUUGGAUACGAUGGAUAGGGAUGAUGUUGCAUUAUAUUUACGCAACAUACAUGAUUCAGCAGGUUUUAUGGUAGAAUCCAUGAAAGACCUGAGUUCCAUGGCUGCGGGAAUAUCUUCCAUGUCUGUGGGAAUAUCUUCCAUGUCUGUUUCAGCACGUAGGGGACUGUGGCUGCGCCAGUGGUCGGCCGACGUGGAAUCCAGAAAAAGUGUGGAGUCCCUACCCUAUACAGGUCGGGCUCUCUUUGGGGAAGCUCUAGAUGCGUGGAUAUACACGGCUACAGCGGGUAAGUCUCUGUUUCUUCCCUCAGCAGCACCUGCUCCGAAGAAAUCCUUCUCUUCAUCUGCAAUGCAGUCCUUUCGGCCUAACAAGCCUAGAAAGGCCAGAACGUCCAAUACAUUCUUUAGGGGAGGUCGAGUUAAGUCUAAGAAACCUUCCGCUGCAGUUUCCCAGGAACAAAAGCCUGCUUAAAGUACGCCAAAGCCCUCCGCAUGACGGUGGACCGGCGGCCUGCAGGUGAGACCAGUGGGAGCGAGACUCAAACAAUUCAGUCACGUCUGGGCAUCGUACGGCCUGGAUGAUAGAUAUUGUAUCCUAGGGAUACAGGCUGAAAUUUCAAGGUCUCUCUCCUCAUCAUUUUUUUAAAAUCAGGCUUCCAAACUCUGUUGGCAGACAGCACUGUACUACAAGACGCUGUCCAAAAACUGGUGGAGGCACAGGUCAUUGUGCCAGUUCCUCCUCAUUUACAAACCACAGGUUACUAUUCAAAUCUUUUCGUGGUACCGAAACCGGAUGGUUCGGUCAGGCCCAUUCUGAACCUAAAAUCAUUGAACCCCUUUUUAAAGGAGUUCAAGUGUCUCUCAGGGCGGUGAUAUCAGGUCUGGAAGAGGGGGUAUUCCUGGUAUCCCUGGAUAUCAAGGAUACGUACCUCCACAUUCCGAUAUGGCUGCCGCAUGAGGCUUAUCUCCGUUUCGCAUUGCUGGACUGUCAUUUCAAGGUUCCAGGCCCUGCCAUUCGGCCUCUCCACAGCACUAAGGGUGUUUACCAAGGUGAUGGCAGAGAUGAUGGUUCUCCUCCGCAGACAAGGGGUGAACAUCAUUCCAUAUCGGACGAUCUGCUGAUAAAGGCACCAUCCAAGGAGAAGCUGCUGCAGUCCAUUGUUCUCACGACACACCUCCUAAAGAGUCAUGGUUGGAUUCUGAACCUUCCAAAGUCACAUUUGGAACCCCACCCAGCGGUUGUCCUUUCUGCGAAUGAUCCUGGACACAAAAGUGCAGAAGGUGUUUCUUCUGCAGGAAAAGGCGUUGGUGAUACAAACUAUGGCCCGGGAUGUCCUGAAGCCAGCCCGGGUGUCUGUUCAUCAAUGCAAUCGGCUGUUGGGAAAGAUGGUGGCCUCUUACGAGGCUCUCCAGUACGGGAGGUUCCACGCUCGGACCUCCCAACUGGAUCUUCUGGACAAGUGGUCGGGAUCUCAUCUCCACAUGCACCAGAGAAUUCGUCUGUCGCUGAAGGCCAGGAUUUCGCUCCUCUGGUGGUUACAAUUAACUCAAGAAGUAACUUUCCAAGGACGGUGGUCAAGCCUGGGAGCCGGCCUGCCCAUCAACAUCCUGGAACUAAGAGCCGUCUACAACGGUCUUCUUCAGGCGGCCCCUCUUCUAAGAAAUCGGGCCAUUCAAGUGCAGUCGGACAACGUAACAAUAGUGGUUUACAUAAACUGACAGGGCGGAACAAAGAGCAGAGCGGCAAUGUUAGAGGUGACAAGAAUACUCCUCUGGUCAGAAAGAUACGCGUUGGCGCUGUCAGCCAUCUUCAUUCCGGGAGUAGACCACUGGGAAGAAGACUUCCUCAGUAGACACGAUCUCCAUCCAGGGGAGUGGGGUCUCCAUCCGAAGUUGUUCAAGGAAAUAACAGACCUUUGGGGAUUACCCCAAAUAGACAUGAUGGCCUCUCUUCUCAACAAGAAGAUUCGGCGUUAUUGUUCCAGGUCGAGCGACCGACAAGCAGUGGCAGUGGACACCCUGGUGUCUCCGUGGGUGUUCCAGUCAGUGUAUGUGUUUCCACCACUCACACUCAUCCCAAGAAUCCUAAAGCUCAUAAGGAGAACAAGGGUUCAGGCGAUCCUCAUUGCUCCAGACUGGCCGAGAAGGGCUUGGUACACGGACCUUCUAAAUCUACUGCAAGCAGAACCAAGGCCUCUUCCUCUUCGGGAGGACCUUCUGCAGCAGGGGCCGUUCGCCUAUCAAGACUUACCGCAGCUAUGUUUGACGGCAUGGAACUUGAGCGCCUGAUACUUGCUCGGAAGGGCAUUCUGAAGAAGGUCAUUCCUAACCUGAUACAGGCUAGGAAAGGAGUAACGUUUAAACAUUACCAUCGUAUUUGGAAGAAUAAUGUCUCUUGGUGUGAAUCCAAGACGUUUCCUACGGUGGAGUUUCAACUCUUACGUUUUCUCCUCUUCCUGCAAGCAGGUGUGGCUAUGGGCCUGAGGUUAGGGUCUACGAAGGUCCAGAUUUCGUCCCUAUCCAUUUUUUCAGAAACAAUUGGCUGCCCUCCCUGAGGUUCAGACUGUUUUGAAGGGAGUUCUGCAUAUCCAACCUCCCUUAGUGCCACCUACGGCGCCUUGGGACCUUAACGUGGUGUUGCAGUUCCUCCAGUUGGAUUGGUUUGAGCCUCUAAAGGAGGUGGAGGUCAAAUUUCUUACAUGGAAGGUGGUCACGUUAUUGGCCUUGGUUUCUGCUAGACGCGUGUCCGAAUUGGGGGCUUUAUCCUAUAAAAGCCCUUACUUGAUCUUCCACGAAGAUAGAGCUGAGCUCCGGACACGUCAGCAGUUUCUUCCGAAGGUUGUGUCGGCAUUUCAUAUCAACCAGUCUAUUGUGGUGCCAGUGGCUACGGACUCCUCAAUUACAUCAAAGUCUUUGGAUGUUGUAAGGGCUCUGAAGAUAUAUGUGAAGAGAACUUCUCGUCACAGAAAGUCGGACUCUCUGUGUGCCCUAUAUGAUCCCAAGAAAAUUGGGUGUCCUGCUUCUAAGCAGACUAUUUCUCGCUGGAUUAGGUUCACUAUCCAGCACGCUUAUUCUACGGCAGGUCUGCCGUGUCCGAGAUCAGUUAAGGCCCACUCUACUCGUAAGGUGGGCUCUUCCUGGGCGGCUGCCCUGGGUGUCUCGGCUUUACAACUUUGCCGAGCAGCUACUUGGUCAGAGUCAAACACGUUCGCAAAGUUUUACAAGUUCGAUACUUUUGACUGACCUUCAGAUCAUCAGAGGCCAAUCAGUUCUGCAGGAGUCUCCGCGCUCUCCCUCCCGUUCUGGGAGCUUUGGUACAUCCCCAUGGUACUAAUGUGGACCCCAGCAUCCUCUAGGACGUAAGAGAAGAUAGGAUUUUGGUUACCUACCGGUAAAUCCUUUUCUCGUAGUCCUUUUCUUGGUUAAGUACUUCCUUUGUUGGUUAAGUAAUGUUUCAGCUUUUACUGAGUUUCAAGCUGGUCAGCUUGGUUUGCCUUGUAUGUGUGAGCUGGUAUGAAUCUCGCCACUAUUUCUGUAUAAUCCUUCUCUCAAAGAUGUCAGUCUCCUCGGGCACAGUUUCUAGACUGGGUCUGGUAGGAGGGGCAUAGAGGGAGGAGCCAGCCCACACUCUCAAACUCUUAAAGUUCCAAUGGCUCCUGGUGGACCGGUCUAUACCCCAUGGUACUAAUGUGGACCCCAGCAUCCUCUACGGACUACGAGAAAAGGAUUUACCGGUAGGUAAUUAAAAUCCUAUUUUUAGCUACAAGGGAUAUGCUAAAGCUCCCCGUAGUGGAUGCUGCAAAUUAGCAGUCGUUUUUCCUCCCUCAAGACAAACUGAUUCUAAAUGUUUUUUACAUACAUUCCCCUUUGCCCCUGAGGGCAGAAAGUUCCGGGAAGAAUCUCCGGCUGUAGACAUCUGUCUCUCGCUUCUCGCCUCUCUAAGAAGGCGGUACUCCUGGCUCCGGGCUCCUUUACAGUCAAGGACCCGGGAGAUAGAUUUCAGUGUGGUCUCAAUUUUUCUAUCUACAUUGCUGCAGGUAUAUCUCAAAGCGAUCAAUGCAGGUUGCUGGAUGACACAUGCAAUUCAUUCCUGGGCUACUCAAAUUCAGGAGGGUCUCUCGGGUGAUAUCACCCUGGUUACUACGGUAACUUUCCUAAAACACAUUCAGGACACAGCAAGAGUUCUCUGUGACUCCCUAAAAGAGAUUGGCAAUAUUAAUGCUAGGACCACUGCUAUGGCUGUGUCAGCACGCAGAGCCAUAUGGUUGCGUCAGUGGAUUGCAGACGCUGACUCCAAACGCAAUGUGGAAUCUCUUCCCUUUACAGGUGAAUGGCUCUUCGGAGGUGAAUUGGAUGCAUGGAUCGCCAAAGUUACUGCUGGGAAAUCCACGUUUCUUCCCUCGGCUACGCCUGCUAGACGUAUCUACCCGGGACUGUCUACUCAGUCCUUUCGGUCCACUAAAUUUUGAUCUAGGGCCAGAGGUGCCUCCAAUGCAACUAGAGGCACCAGAGGUAAACCUAAGAUACCAGCCGCAAAAACCUCAGCAUGACGGUGCCCGCCCACCCUGGGAGGAUCUCGAGGUGGCAGCUCGGUUACAUCACUUCAGCCACAUCUGGAAAAGUUCCUGCCAGGAAGCCUGGGUAAAGGACCUUAGUUCUCAGGGUUACAAGUUGGAGUUCGACGGUGCUUCUCCCCAGCAAUUUUUCAAAUCAAGCUUACCUGUUUUGGAAAAUACGCGUGUUACGCUGCUACUGCCCAUCACAAAGUUGGUCAAGUCCCAAGUCAUUGUUCCAGUACCCCUGCAACAGCAAGAACAAGGUUACUACUCCAGUUUGUUCAUUGUGCCAAAACAAGACUGGUCUGUGAGGCCAAUUUUGAAUCUGAAGUCCUUGAAUCCUUAGGUUUUCAAAUUCAAGAUGGAAUCCUUAAGAGCAGUGAUCGCAGGCCUGUAACAGGAAUUCCUAGUGUUCCUGGAUAUCAAGGACACCUACCUCCAUAUCCCAAUUCAUCAGGACUGAGGUUCACCCUGCUGAACGAUCACUACCAGUUCCAGGUGUCGCCCUUCGGCCUGUCUACAGCUCUGGGGGUGUUCACAAAGGUGAUGGCGGAAAUGGUGUUCUAGCUCAGGGUCCAUGGAGUUAACGUAGUCCCUUACUUGGACGAUCUCCUGAUAAAAGUGAGUUCCAGGGAGCAUCUACUGCCCCAUAUAGAUCGCACUUUCCACCUUCUGUCACACCACGGGUGGAUCCUCAAUCUACAGAAGUCCCACCUGGAGCCAUCUCAGCAGCUCCUAUUUCUGGGAUUGCUACUGGAUACUGUAGUGCAGAAAGUGUUCCUCCCAGAGGACAAAGUGAGAACUCUCCAGGAAAUGGUUCGCAUGGUUCUACGACCGACUCGAGUAUCCAUUCUUAUUUGCAUAAGAUUGUUGGGAAAGAGGCCAUUCAGUAUGGAAGGUUCCAUGCCAGACCCUUCAAUUGGACAUCCUGAACAAGUGGUCCGGUUCCCAUCUUCAGAUGCAACUGAUGAUUCAACUGUCACCCCAGGCCAGGAUUUCACUCCUGUGGUAGUCGCAGUCUUCCAAUCUCUGGGAAGGUAGACUCUUCGGGAUUCAGGAUUGGAUCUUCCUCACGACGGGUACGAGUCUGAGAGGAUGGGGAGCUGUCACCCAAGGGGUGCAAUUCCAGGGCAGGUGGUCUGCCCAAGAGGCCCUACUUCCGAUCAACAUCCUGGAACUUUGGGCUAUCUACAAUGCUCUGAUUCAGGCCUCCCUUCUGCUCCGGGAUCAGGCAAUUCAGGUACAGUCGGACAACACCACGGCUGUUUUGUACAUCAAUCGACAAGGAGGGACAAAAAGCCGGGCCUGCACACGAGAAGUAUGAAGAAUACUCCUCUGGGCGGAAAGUAAUGCAAGAGCACUGUCCGCAAUCUUUAUUCCGGGAGUGGACAACUGGUAAACAGACUUCCUGAGUCGCCAUGAUCUCCACCCAGGGGAGUGGGGGCCUACAUCCUCAGGUGUUUCAACAGAUCGACAGAUGGGGUUGCCCCCAGAGUAACAUGAUGGCGUCUCGCCUCAACAAGAAACUUUGCUGCUAUUGCUCGUGAACCAGAGACCCUCAGGCGUGCGCUGUGGGUGCACUGAUGUCGCCUUGGCCUUACCAUUUGGUCUACAUAUUUCCUCCGACUCCGUUGAUCCCAAAGGUGCUCAAGAGGAUCCGAAAUCAAGGAGUACAAGCAAUUCUUGCUCCGGAUUGGCCCAGGUGAGAGUGGUACGUGGAACUUUUUUGCAUGUCCAUAGAAGACCCUUGGCCUCUGCCAGUAAGAAGGGAUCUUCUUCAGCAAGGUCCAUUCAUCUACCCGGAUUUACGGAGGCUUUGUUUGACAGCAUGGAAGUUGAGCGGAACAUCCUAGCUCACAAGGGACUUUCCAAAAAACUAUGGUGCAAGCCAGAAAACCUGUGACCUCAAAACACUAUCAUAAUAUCUGGCGGAGAUAUGUCUCCUGGUGCGAGGAACGAACAUUUCCAUCUGCCGAAUUCCACUUGAGUAGAUUCCUUCGCUUCCUGCAGGCUGGAGUGGAUAAAGGCUUAGGUCUGGGAUCCAUUAAGGUCCAGAUUUUAGUUCUUUCAAUCUUCUUCCAAAAGAAGUUGUCUAUGCUGCCUGAAGUUCAGACCUUCUUGCAAGGGAAGCUUCACAUACAACAUCUGUUUGUGCCACCUACGGCACCUUGGGAUUUGGAUGUGGUGUUUCUGCAGUCCUCCUGGUUUGAUCCUCUGAUGACGGUGGAAGACAAGUACCUCACGUGGAAGACGGUGAUGUUACUGGCCCUAGCUUCGGCUAGACAUGUCUCGGAAUUGGCGGCCUUAUCGUGUAAGAGUCCUUGCUUGGUCUUUUACGAGAACAGAGCGGAGCUCAAAACUAGACAGCAGUUACUGCCGAAGGUAGUCUCUGCAUUUCAUUUGAAUCAACAUAUUGUGAUCCCGUCCAGUUCUGGUACUUCUGCCCCUACAGAGGCAUUGGAUGCGAUGCAAGACUUAAAGAUCUAGGUCAAGAAGACGGCUCUGAUCAGAAAUACGGACUCCUUGUUCAUGCUGUAUGAUGCGCAGAAAAAGGGUUGCCCUGUUUCGAAGCAGUCCAUUGCUCGUUGGCUUAGGCUUACUAGCUAUCAUGCCUAUAUGUCGGCAGCCUUACCUGUUCCACAGUCUCUGAAGGCCCAGUCUACAAGAUCGGCGGGCUCUUCCUGGGCGGCUGUCCGUGGGGUCUCUGCCCUGCAACUGUGCCAAGUGGUUACUUGGUCGGGGUAGAACACCUUUUGUGAAGUUCUACAAGUUUGAUACCCUGGCCAAAGAGGAUACCCAGUUUGGGCAGGCGGUGCUGCAGAUGUCUCCGCACGUUCCCGCCCGUUCUGGAAGCUUUGGGACAUCCCCAUCAUACUAAUGUGUCCCCAAUAUCCCUUAUGGAUGCUAGAGAAAAUAGGAUUUCAAAUACCUACCGGUAAAUCCUUUUCUCGUAGUCCAUAAGGGAUAUUGGGCGCCCGCCUUAGUGCGGUUACUUUCCGCAGGUUCUCUGUUGUGUUUCUUGUUCAGCUGUUACCGUUUAUGUUGCCGGCCCGGUUAUGUAUUGGUGUGCUGGUGUGUAAAUCUCACCACACUUAUGUUCCUUCUCUCAAGUAUGUAAUUUUUCCUUCUGGCACUGUUUUGCCUAUAACUGCCUGUGGGAGGGGGCAUAGAGGGG